AUGGAGUGUCAAUUCCUUUUGAUUAUUUUCCUUCUUGCUUUAGUUCCAGCUAUUUUGGCUCGUAAUGUUACGAUCGGUAGGAUUGUGAUUGAUGGAACCACAACAAUAGCAGAAACCGAUGAAAAUUUCAUCUGCUUGACUAUGGAUAUUUGGCCUCACGAUGAGUGUAGUAGUUGGACGAAACUUUGUGCUUGGGAUGGCCAUGCAUCUAUGCUCAAUGUGGAUUUAUAUCUUCCCAUCCUUACCAAUGCAGUGAAAGCUUUCAAGUCUCUAAGAAUUAGAGUAGGAGGUACUUUGCAAGACAGAUUGAUUUAUAAUGUUGGAGUCUUCAAGGGACAUUGCCACCCAUUUCAAGCAAACAAAGAUUUAUUAUUUGACUUCUCCGAAGGAUGUUUGUACAUGGAAAGGUGGGAUGAUUUGAAUGAUUUUUUCAACAAGACAGGGGCAAUUGUGACUUUUGGUUUGAACGCCCUCCUUGGGAAGUACAAGACGAAAGGAAUUCAGUGGGAAGGAGAUUGGAACUAUAGUAAUGCUGAGGCACUUAUUCAAUACACAGUCGAGAAGAAUUAUCAAAUAAAUUCAUGGGAGUUUGGUAAUGAAUUGGCUGGAUCUCAUAGUAUUGGUGCAAGUAUUACUGUUGCACAAUAUGCAAAAGACCUAAUCAAACUCCGAGAAAUUAUCGAUCGUUUGUACAAUAACUCCCAGCAAAAACCUUUGAUUGUGGCACCUGGAGCAUUCUUUGAUGGCACAUGGUAUGAGGAUCUUGUAAAAGAAACCGGGACGGAAGUUGUCAAUGUUCUCACUCAUCAUAUAUAUAACAUGGGUGCAGGCAAUGACCCCAAACUGAUCUAUAGAUUCGUUGAUCCUAAAUACCUUAGCCAAAUAUCAAACGUAUUUAAACAACUCGAGAACACAAUUAAAAAACAUGGCCCUUGGUCUGCUGCUUGGGUUGGAGAAGCUGGUGGAGCCUAUCAUGGUGGCAGUCCUCAUAUUUCUGAUGCAUUCAUCAACAGUUUUUGGUACCUAGAUCAACUUGGGAUGGCCUCUUUGUACAAUACCAAAGUAUAUUGUCGACAGACUUUGAUUGGUGGACUCUACGGUGUCCUUAGAGCCUCAACUUUAGUUCCUACACCAGAUUACUAUGGUGCACUCCUCUUUCACCGACUUAUGGGUCCGGGUGUUCUGAAGAUUCACAAUAAUGUUUCAUUGUAUCUUCGCAGCUAUGCUCAUUGCUCGAGAGGAAGGUCUGGUGUAACCUUACUUUUCAUCAAUCUGAGCAACGAAACCGACUUUGAAAUCAAGAUUAAAAAUCACAUCAACAUUAAUGGAAGCAAAACAUCAAUUCAUCGAGAGGAAUACCACUUGACCCCAAAAGAUGGCCUGCUUAGAAGCUCUAAAGUGCUUUUAAAUGGGAGUCCAUUGGAGAUCACAAAAGAUGGAGAAUUGCCAAAUCUUAAACCUAUUUACCGUCAGAGUAACUCCUCUAUAUUUAUUGCUACUUGGUCCAUUGCUUUUAUUGUGGUCCCUGACUUUAUAGCCCCAGCCUGCAAGUUGUGA